AUGCGUAAAUCGUUUCGUUUAAGAAAAGCCAAAUCCAAAGCCGAUAAACUCGAUGCUACUGGUGAUACAGAUAUCAAAGACAUCACCGGAUCGACUUUAUCACUACCUGCAGACUCUCCAAAAAAGAAAAAGUGGUAUUCUUCGAUAGGUAAAUCCAAAUCCAAGAAGAAAUUAGAAUCACCAAACUCCGAAUUACCAACUAACCAUGAAACUAACCAUGAAACUAAUGGAUUCGCUGAUGAUUACCAUGACCUCAAUCACGAUGUCCACACUGAAAUAUACCAAAAUGAACCGCGAGCUGGUGGCAGUAAUGCUGCGACUAACAACGGAAACACAAGUCCUACCAAAAAAACAAAGUCUAAAUUUACAUUCAAUUCUAACAAUCAUCAUGCUAGCAAUGGCCAAGAGAAAGAAAGUAAUGUUCGACCACGAAUUGAUAGUACUAGUGCACCAUUAGCCGGUGAAGACACCGAAAUUGGCAAUAGUCAAAAUGCUUCCCCGUCUCCAGUACACCGUAAUGGAACACCUGGGGCUGAAGCACCAACAAAUUCAUUUUUCAGCUUUUUAAGCGGAAGUCCAACGACUAAAGAACCCAAGCAAAAUCAUGAUGGAAGCGACGAUAAGGAAUAUCGUAUUGGACAUUUAAAAAUGCCUGAAUUUUUCUUUGAACCGCUAACAUUUUGA